GUAGGAGCGCAAGCAGAGCCUACGCCAUUCGGCAUACUCAUACACGCGCACGCGCUGGCAUCGGCUCCUGUUGUUCACUCUGUCUUGUCUAUGUUUAUGUUUCUUCGUCGGCCAGGUGCGCCUUCGACGGCUACGACCGCGACGGCAGCGGCACGCUCUCGGCGUCGGACCGCGGGACCUGCAAAGUGUUUGGCCUCACCAUGACGACCAAAGAGGAGCAGGAAAAGAUCGUGGGCGAGAUCGACAGGACCGGCGCGCCAGCGGGCGAAGGCUGCGGGGGUCACGGACCUGGGGUUACAAGGCUCCGGGAGCCUGCCCUUCUGGGUCUUCGUGCAGCUCAUGCGCCUGGUCUACUCCCGCGAGGACUUCAAGACCCUCACGCGGGAGAACCUGGCCGUCGAGGAGACCGGCUUCGCGCGGGGCGAGGUGGAGCAAUUCCGCGAGAUCUUCGCGACGGCCCUGCGGCAGACGCAGGAGGAGGCGAUGUCCAGGCGGCCCGGCGACCCCUGGGAGGCCGACACCGCGAGGAGCGAAAAAGUUCGCCAAGGAUUUUGUCGGGCCCGACCCGCCCGAGCUCACGGUGGCGGCCUGCUACAGUCUGUUGGCGCAGCUUGGCCUCCGAGUGAGGACGACCCAGCAGCGGGAGGAGCUCGUUGGCUUUAUCAACAACCUCGGCAACGAAGGACGCUGCAUCAACUUCCCGGACUUCUUGAGGCUGAUGCGCUGGAUGUUGGACGGCGAUUUUGCCGGGAUCUGCGGGGUGAUGAGCCCAGGCAGUCUAGGAUGAGUUGUCGUGUCCGUUUUGGCCCACGUUCUUUGGCCGGCAUUUGUGACGCCUGGUGUUAUUUAUGAUUGUUUGCGGCGGCCGACGGGUUGCGCCUCCAACCGUCACUCUUUCAGCCUGCUGCGUGCCCGCCAGUCCCCUGCGCCUGCCUGCCAGCAGGGGAUGCUGCAGAGGUGCGCGCCCGUGCGAGCGCGUCGAGAGCGGCGGGCACGCGCUU